CUCCGCUCAUUGGCUCACCGCUUCUUCAUCUACGACGGUCGCCUCUAUCGCCGCAGCCUUCCUCGCAUGCCACCCCGACUGGUCCCCCGUUUAGAGGAUGUCGCAGCCAUCAAGCGUACCUUCCAUGGCGACCAUCCGGGCUCCUUCGGCCAUCUCGGCGUCUUGACAGCGUAUCAGAUGAUUGCCUUACGCUACUUCUGGUUCAACUUGUACAGCGACAUUGAAGAGUGGGUGCGCGCCUGUCCAGUAUGUCAGCUCCGUCAAUUACGCCGCCCCAAGCAAUACCAGCUGUUUCGCAUCAUUCCCCCGGCGCUCCUCUUCACGUUGUUAGGUCUCGACUGCGUCACCUACCCGAACGCCCAGAUCGGUCGGUCUUCCCAAGUCUACGUCGGCUGCGUCUGCGUCAUUGAUUACCCGUCCGGCUACGGUUGGGCCUACCCGCUCAAGGCGUUCGACGGCCUCAACAUCGUUCUCGCGCUCCGCGAUUGGUGCGCUCGGUAUGGUGUCCCAGUUCACAUC